AUGCAAGAUUUACAACAAAAGUCUAACGAACUUUUACAAGAGGAAAUUAGAAGAGCAAUAAGGGAAAAAUUAAAUCCUUUUACUUUUCCCUGCCCUCAUUGUCGAGAACACAUUAAGGACGAAGACUUUGGUAAAGAACAGCAGGCUUUUCAUUAUAUUAGUGAAAUGGAAUUUCCUGAAGUCAAAGGAUUAAAAGAAACUAUUAAAAAUCACGAGCAAAAAAUAAUUCACCUUCAAUCUCCUGACUAUAUAGAAAACUCAAUUCGAGUUAAGAAAUUGGAGGAAGAAAAGAAAGAAAUUGCGAGUACACAUUGA